ACCUGGAGCUUGAGGAGCUGCACGCAGGUGUCCGGGGUCUGACAAUGGCCAAGAACAAAUUUAGAGGUCAGAAGUCCAGGAAUGUAUUUCACAUAGCCAGCCAAAAAAACUUCAAGGCUAAAAACAAAGCAAAACCAGUCACUACAAAUCUUAAGAAGAUAAACAUUGUGAGUGAUGAAAAAGUUAACAGAGUGAAUAAAGCUUUUGUAAAUAUACAGAAAGAACUGGCACACUUUUCAAGAGGCCUUUCUCUUGAACCUCUACAGAAAGAUCUGGUUCCGCAGCGACAUAAUGAACCUGUUAAUGUUGAUGAAGCUACAAGAUUAAUGGCUCAGUUGUAAUGUAGUGAUGAUAUAUCAAAGUACCCAAAAAGUUCAAUAAAUUAAAUGUUUUAUACAA